AGCCAACCCGCCCUUGAGGACCCUUCACGGCCUCUGUUGUUAUUUGAUCGUCUUCUGUUUCUUUUGGAGGUGUCGACGUAUCAGCCCUUGCCAGGGCAAAAUUCUGGCGCCAUGGAUUUGAGCAAGACCAUCGCGUCCACGUUGUCAGCCGAUCAGAACAUUCGCCAACAAGCUGAAUUGGCCCUCAAGCAGGCGGAGCAGCAUGCUGGUUUUAUCGGCGCUCUCCUUGACAACUUGCAGUCCGAACAAGAUCCUGGCGUGCGCCUCUCGACUGCCAUCUACCUGAAGAAUCGAGUAUCGCGGGGUUGGAGCACUGAGAACACACCGCAUCAGCCCAUAUCCGAACCUGAACGAAAACCAUUCAAAGAUCGACUUCUGCCGGUCCUUUCCACGUCCCCUCCGCCCGUACGAGCACAGCUCAUUCCUAUCCUACAAACCGUCCUGCAGUAUGAUUUUCCAGCCAAAUGGCCAGAUUUGAUGGACAUAACCCUUCAACUGUUAAACACUCAGGAUGUAAACUCGGUAUAUGCGGGUCUCCAAUGUUUACUGGCUAUAUGCCGAACGUAUCGUUUCCGGGCCGGCGAAGAGAGGGCGAACUUGGACAAAGUGGUCGAGAUCGGCUUCCCGACUCUGUUGGGCAUUGCAAACAGACUCGUGAACGAAUCGAGUCCUGAAGCUGGCGAGAUGUUGAGGAUAUGUGUCAAAUGCUUCAAACAUGCUGUCUAUUAUGGUCUCCCAGUACCACUACAGUCACACCAGGCAACCGUGGAUUGGUGCACCCUGUUCUUGACUAUCAUUUCCAAGGGGCCUCCGGAGUCUGCGAUGACCGAGGAUGUGGAAGAUCGAGAACGAAACCAUUGGUGGAAGGCACGAAAAUGGUCAUAUGCGAACCUCAACCGGCUGUUCGUCAGAUACGGGAAUCCGUCUGGUCUUAUGUCCACCCAAGAGAAGGAAUAUGGCGACUAUGCCAAAAAUUUCAUUACCCACUUUGCGCCCGAAAUGCUCAAAGUCUAUCUGGGCGAGAUAGAGAAAUGGGUUGGUGGAAACCACUGGCUGAGCAAACCAUCAUUGUCAUAUACAUUGAUCUUCUUGGAGGAGUGUGUAAAGCCUAAAGCAAUGUGGGACAAGCUCAAGCCACACAUGGACAGCUUGAUCAAACAUUUGAUCUUUCCCGUUCUAUGCCAGUCAGAUGAAGACAUGGAACUUUUUACAGACAAUCCUCCCGACUAUCUCCACCGAAAGCUCAACUUCUACGAAGAAGUCUCGGCCCCAGAUAUGGCUGCUACCAAUUUUCUGAUUGCGUUGACCAAGUCUCGAAAGCAGCAGACCUAUGUAAUCCUCCAAUAUGUCAAUGAGGUGGUCACCCGUUACGAAGCUGCUCCAGACGACCAGAAGAAUCCACGGGAAAAAGAAGGCGCUCUUCGAAUGAUCGGUUCCCUUGCCUCGGUGAUACUGGGCAAGAAGAGUCCCAUUGCAGACCAGGUUGAAUAUUUCUUCGUACGACAUGUCUUCCCCGAGUUCUCGUCUCCACAUGGCUUCCUCCGUGCCAGAGCCUGUGAGACCAUGGAACGAUUCGAGCAACUCGAUUUCAAGGAUCAGAACAAUCUUAUGGUGAUAUAUCGCCACGUCCUUCAUUCGAUGGCUGAUCCCGAAUUGCCCGUCCGGGUCAUGGCUGCGCUUGCUCUGCAGCCGCUUAUUAGGCACGAUCCAAUCCGGAUUGCAAUGCAAGACAACAUUCCACAGAUCAUGCACCAACUCUUGAAGUUGAUGAACGAAGUCGACGUUGAUGCACUCUCUAACGUGAUGGAAGAUUUUGUUGAAGUCUUCGCCGAACAACUCACCCCAUUUGCGGUUGCGUUGAGCGAGAAUCUGAGAGACACAUACCUGCGGAUCGUCAAAGAAAUCCUCGAACGCAAUGAAGCCAAGGCAGCUGAGAGUGGAGAUGACCCUGGUUACGGCGAUUACCUCGACGACAAGGCCAUCGCAGCCCUUGGUGUCCUACAGACCAUUGGCACCCUCAUCCUCACAUUGGAAGCCACGCCUGAUGUUCUCCUCGUCCUAGAAACCAUCCUCAUGCCCGUCAUUACUAUCACUCUGGAGAACAAGCUCUACGACCUUUACAACGAAGUGUUUGAAAUCAUCGAUUCCUGCACCUUCGCUUCCAAAUCAAUCUCAGACACCAUGUGGCAAGCUUUUGAGCUCAUGCACAAGACCUUCAAGGACGGCGCGGAAUUGUACCUGGAAGACAUGCUUCCCGCUUUGGACAACUUUGUUUCAUACGGCCAGCAGCGACUUAUCAACCACCCUCCUUACCUGGCCGCCAUAGCGGGCAUGGUCAGGGACAUCUUUUCUGAUCCCAAAGUUGGAGGAGUCGACAGGAUCUGUGGCUGCAAGCUCGCGGAAGCAAUGAUGUUGAAUCUUCGAGGCGGCCCUAUCGACAGCUUCAUCCCUGUAUUUGUGAGCCUGCCGAUGGAAGUCUUGACAGGACCGCAGCAAAAAACCAUUGUGAAGAGCUAUAAGAUACAUCUGAUUGAAAUGGUUAUCAACGCUCUCUACUACAAUCCGAUUCUGGCGUUGCAAGUCCUCGAAGCACAGGGCUGGACUAACAAAUUCUUCUCAAUCUGGUUUGGAAGCAUCGAUUCCUUCCGGAGAGUGCACGACAAGAAACUUUGCAUUGCUGCGAUUUCUGCGCUCCUCACGAUCCGCGCGGACCAGGUGCCUCAAUCUGUUCAAACAGGCUGGCCUCGGUUGCUCACCGGUGCCACGUAUCUCUUCCGCACCUUGCCUGCCGCGCUCAAGCAGCGUGAAGAAGCCGUUAAAGCAUCCGACGGCGUGUCCGACACCUUGUCCGAGUACGCUUCCGAUGACGACGGCGAAGACUGGGCGGAUGAGCCGGUCGGGGAACAAGGACAAGAAUGGAGCAACAUCAACACUGAAACGCUUCCUGAUACCAAGGGUGACAUCAAAGACGAGUCACAAGCGUACCUUGAUUUCCUGAGCGAGGAAGCUAAAAAGUUUGGCGCGCUUGCCGACGACGACGAGGAUAGCAUUCUUGACGAAGACAGUCUCCUUGAGACUCCGCUGGACAAGUUCGACCCGUACGGCACUUUCAGAGAGUCUCUUGGCAAGUUGCAGACCGAGCAGCCACAACUCUACCAGAGCCUGACUUCGAUCUUGGAGCCUGGAGAUCGAGAGGUCCUUCAAGGUGUGGUCGCACAUGCUGCACAAGCUCAAGCACAAGCACAAGCACAAGCUCAGGCACAAGUCCAAGGGCAAGCGCCUGCUUAAGUGCCGAAGAAAUUCUGUUUCGAGUUCGCGGAGAAAUCAUCUUCCCUGGGUAGUAUUCUCUUUCAAAGGCAAUGCGGAUAAUCGUGUCUUGCCUUGCAAGGACUUGCUUCUUCCGGUGUGACCACCACAACGGGGUCAGCAUCUUUGGAGAAAUAUCAUCACAUACACACACCCAGCAUCGAUUUACUUUUGAGGAUGAGGACAGAAGGUCGGUCAGUCGAAUUGAGGCUAAGAGGCCGAGUCGAGUCGAAUCGAUGAUGAUGCGACAUGAAGCACCCCCCUUUUUUUGGAUGCCGAUAUCAAUAUUGACAUCGGUGUUGAAGAUAUUGAACAUGACAACUGCACCCUCUCUCUUUUUCUUGACUCGGCGCUAGUGUGGACAAGGUGAUGGUGAUGAUGAUGAUGAUGAUGCCCAAGGAAGGCAUCUGUUUGAUAGGGCGACUGGUGGACUGGUGAUUUGUGAGAGGGAGAUGACGAUUACAAAGAGAGCUAGCUAGCCUCAUCUGAUCGGAGUGAAACUGAUGAGCGUUGUAUGGACGUGGAACAGACGGUCCUGUCUUGUUCUGUUGAUCGACCCUGACGGACGGGCACAUGAUAACUCUCUGUACAGAACAAUAAGAAAGAGUAACCAAACCAAAAAAAAGAAAACAAGGCAUGGGCGGUUUGUGACUGCUGCACAGUAGUAGUU